CAACGAAAGUCUGAAGCUACAGCGCCUCCUCCAGGACCGAGUCCAGUGGUGCAGCUUUUCCCUGGCAGGCGCAAUGGCAAUCUGCGCCAGGUGUGCGGUGCUGGCAGAGUCGCCUGUGCAUCAUAAAAGUCGACAGCCAGAGGCCUGUUUUGGACAGAGUGUGUGACGCGAGCUAACCCCGCUGCACGCAGUGGCGCGUUUGGCUCGAGGCCCCGGAGCGCGCUGCAGUCCCACGCGCUAACAGCACCCUCCCCAUCGCCACCUCGUGACGUCACAGCACAGCGUCGCAUCUUUUCGUCUUGUUCAAACAGCUUCACGUCGCGAAACCUGCAAAGGGUGCUGGCUUAUGUAUGCUGUUCGGGUGGCCAGUUGCAGAUUCCUGUAUUUUAUAUAAAUCAGAGGAAAACUUACACCAUCGGUUGCGGAAGAACAUUCACAGCCUUACUGAUGAAUUUGUAAACCAGACGUAACUUAUCCUUGGUCAGGCGGCAAGUUGAACGUAAUAAAUAACAGAAGGAUGCACUGAUCACCCCUGAAAACAUAUUCAAACGAGACACAAGGCCAUGUCUAAUUAUAAUCUAGAGGGACAUCUUCAUGAGAGGUCAUCUCCUGUACAUAUCAAAGUGGAAUCUCCAGGCAUGGAUCAGGAUGCUUUUGGAGACAGCAGUCAUGGAACAGUUGGAGCCUUUGUCAAAGGAGAAGACACUGAGGUUGGGAGUACCAUUGGGAGAGGUGCAUUGCCAUUCAAUGUUGUGGUAGUUCACCCCAGUGUGGUGGAGCCUGGUUACAUUCUUGAAACUCGUGCAGCACCAUCACAUUUGGAGCAAAAUCAUAUUGGUAAUGAUGGCUCAGGAAAGAGGAAAUCUCGUUUCAGUGGAGCAGAGUUGGAGGUCCUGGUGAGCGAAGUGACACGCUUUGAAGCAGAGCUGUUUAGUCAGAACGGUCGGCUGCGACGUCGAGAACGUGAAAGGAUCUGGGCAGGCAUCCAGGAAAAAGUCAAUGCUGUCUCCCGUGUCCGCAGAACUUUGCGUGAAGUCAAGAAACGUUGGGAUGACCUCAAAAGGCGUAGUGGGGGUCGACUGGACUUGCGUCAGAGAAGAUGUUGUCCUUCAGGAAGAAUGAGCUCACAGCUUGGGAGGACAGGGCAGACAAGGUCCCGACUCGAUGCCUUUCACUGUACUGCAGACUUGGAAAUGACAGCUUCCUCAAGGCUUAGAAGCUCUGCUGACACAGUAGAUGUGUUAGAUGAGGAUGGAAAUGCUGAAGUCAAGCCAGGACCUUCUUCAAUUCUUAUGGAUCAUUGGGUGUCCCCAAACUCUUCUUAUCUUCCUAAUAUGCUUGUCUCUUUUCCUGAAGCAAGGUCACCGUUACCAAAUGGAACAACUACACCCAGUAGUCCCGAACAUCACUCCCUUCAGUUUGUGGAAGCAGGUAUGCCUGGAUUUGAUCCCAAAGUACUUCUCAAUAAAGAUAAUAUAAUGAGUUCAUCUUCAGAUUUCAGUGAGAUGUCCCAGACCCUUCAGGAUGCUUUAAGUCAUGUGGCUAGUGCAGCUUCUAAUCUAGGGGAUCGAGUGGAGGUGGCAUUGACCAGUUUCAAGCAGAGCUUCAGUUGCAUUUCUGAGAGACUAAUUGCUUCACAUGAGGCAAUGGUGCAGAGUCUUAAGCAGAACAACUUUUUGCUUCACAAAUUACUGGAGAUGUUAGAGAGACAGACUGCCACAACUAGCUGCCAAGCUACCAGCCUUCCACCUGAUGCCCUUCAUGCUACUUCUCAACAGAAUUCUUUGCAUGAGACAAUGUACACUGUCCAGUCUAGUUGCACAAAUUUAGAAUCCUGUACUCAAUUGCCAAAAGAUGAACGGGUUCAAAAGAAGAGAGUGGUAAGAACUCCAAAGAAAGGAAGACGGAAAAGGAGAUGCCUUGUCUAAAAUGAAGAAACUAUUCCUUGCCGAUGAAUGAACUGUCAUAUGGCUCACUGACAAAAGUUUUGUUUGAUAUUUAGUCUAAUGGGAGUUAAUUACACUAUUUAAAAUAUGUAAAAUAAUUUUUAUCAAAAAAUUGUAAAGUCCUAUAUCAUGUAAUCAGGCCAUUUUUUAGCAUGGAGCCUGGCUGUUUUUCUGGGUCUUUUACUGAUGGGCAGUUUAUUAUAGAUAUCAUGACAUGUAUGCCUAUAGCCCCUUUCACACUAUGGAGUUCAAACAUGGCUUCUAUUAACUUAGGUACUAAUCUGAUUAGGUUCAUCUUUUCACACAACAUUUUAUUAAUUGUUUUUAACUGAAGCUGACUUGUUUUACUACUGCUACUCAAGUAAUAAGAACAUAUCAUGUUGUUAUGUAUGAGAUGAGAAAACUUGUGCAUUAUAUGCUAAAUAAACAAAUGCGUAUACAUGUUUAAAAUGACCUGUGACCAAUGUGUCAUCACAGCAUUUUAAACAUUAGUUUGUCUUGUGUGCUGCUGGAAGCUGUUGUCUCAUACACAAAAUUCCACAAUCAACCAGAGCAAAUGUGUAGGUUUAUUUGCUCAAUGUGGGUCCAUUUGUAAUGCACUCUUCAUAUGUAGCUACGCUACAUUUUGCAUUGUCACCUCUAGUGGUGUGCUUCAAACAUCUUCAUUCCUCGGGAGUCACUUUAAUAUUAAACAAGGUUAGGACCUGGGUUGAAAAAUGAAAGUUAAUCACCUGAAUUUAGAAUGCUAUUGUGAGACCGACUUAAAAGAAAAUGAUUUUCUAGAUUUUGGAUAUAUUCCAGAAAUAACAAUAUUGAACAUUCUAAAUUAUUCUAAGUGGAGAUGCCUCACAACAAUGAAGCAGAAGUUACACUUAAUGUAGCACAUUAAAAACCUGAUACAGUAUA